GAAUGCGAAUCAAACCCCUGCCAGAAUGGAGGCGUGUGUCUGGAUGGUGUAGGAAGAUUCAAAUGUGCUUGUCUAGAAGGUUACGAAGGCAUAUACUGCGAGAUUAACAUGAACGAGUGCUCCAGCAAUCCGUGCGAACACGGAUCGGAAUGUGUGGAUGGAGUUGGGAUGUACGAGUGCAUCUGUAGGAAGGGGUACGUGGGGCAGAACUGCCAGACCAAGGUGGAUGGGUGCUCCGAGGGCCCCUGCUUCCAUGGAGCUACGUGUCUGGAGACUGACGAAUCGUUCAAAUGUGUUUGCCCGGAUGGUUAUACUGGUGAGUUAUGCGACUCUGACAUCGAUGAUUGCCUGGGCGUCAGGUGUGGCAAGGGCAAGUGCACUGACCAGUUGAAUUCCUACAAGUGCGAAUGUGACCUUGGUUACAUUGGUCAGAAGUGCGACGUCGAGGUCAACGAGUGCUUGAGCACUCCGUGUUUGAACGGAGGAACUUGCAAGGAUCUCGUUGGAUCGUUUCAGUGCAUAUGUCCUCAGGGAACUAAUGGAACAAGAUGUGAGCACGAUUCAAACGAAUGUCUCAGCAAUCCUUGCCAAAAUGGAGCAAGUUGUCUCAAUAAGAUCAAUCAGUUCUUCUGCCAAUGCCAGCCCGGAUAUACGGGUGACUUGUGUGAGACUGACGUGAACGAAUGCGAAUCGAACCCGUGCCAGAACGGCGGCCUCUGUUAUGACAGAGUGAACGGAUUCAAAUGCAAGUGCCCGAAAGGUUACAAUGACUAUCUCUGCGCCUCGAACGUUGAUGAGUGCCUUAGUAAUCCUUGCUACAAUGGAGCCACCUGUGUGGACGGGGUCAACAGGUUGGAUUGGUUGGCCUGUAGGGGUCGGUUGGUUGGCUGUCUAGUUGAUUUUUUAUUGGUUGGUUGGUUGAUUUGUUAG